AUGCGAGCUCGCCAUGCUGGGCAUCGGUUGCUCAAUAACAGACGAAGGAUAAUUGUAAACUGGGCCUGUUGGAUGCUCAAGAGGUGCACCAAGCCCAUUGCGACGAUCAAUACCACCUGUAGGAACAUUAUGUCUAAUUUACCUUCCAAAACGAACAAUGAUGAGUUGGUCGGAGGGCAUGAUUGCAAGAAAAGAUCGUCGUCACCAGACGGUCGAUUGGAGGAAGUCCAAACUGAGCAAAAUGUCUCUGCUCCGAGACUGAGGAAUAAGAAGACGAAAAAUGGCCAGCCUGGAGAACUCAGAGACAGCUCAGGUUUUAAGAUUAAGAUUCAAGAGUCAAACCAUCUGCGCAAUAAGCAGGUAGAUCCGCCUUACGAAGUGAAGAUUGAUGGUCCUCUUCGAAAAAUUGUGCCAUAUUUGUUCACGUAUAAAACUUUUUGUAAGCUUAGAUGGCGGGAUAGGCUCUUGAUAGACAUAUUUGUGAAUGAAUUUCGUGACCGCGAAGAAGCAUACUACCGCAAAACAAUUGCCAGUGGUUCCGUACUUCUCAACGAUGUUCCAGCGAAUUUGGAAUCAGUUGUUCGCAAUGGUGAUCUGAUCUCUCAUAACAUUCAUCGUCACGAGCCUCCUGUCACAUCAAGGCCAAUCAAGAUAGUUUUUGAAGAUCAGGACAUUCUCGUUAUCGAUAAACCCAGCGGUAUUCCUGUGCAUCCUACGGGUAGAUACCGGUUUAAUACUAUAACCAAGAUCUUACAGAAGCAGCUAGGCGUUUCGGUGCAUCCAUGCAAUAGGCUUGAUCGCUUGACCAGUGGACUGAUGUUUCUGGCGAAAACACCUGCUGGUGCUGACCACAUGGCCAACCAGCUUAAAGCCAGAGAGGUGAAGAAGGAGUAUAUUGCAAGGGUAGUGGGUGAAUUUCCCAUUGAAAGCGUUGUGGUAGAAAAAGCCCUUCGAUGUGUCGAACCGCGCUUGGCUUUAAACGCAGUCUGCGAUGCUGAAGAUGAAGGUGCUAAAGAGGCGAAAACAGUAUUCACUCGAGUGAGUUUCGAUGGCACCACAAGUUUGGUAAAGUGCCAACCUCACACGGGAAGAACACACCAAAUCAGAGUUCAUCUUCAAUACCUAGGUCACCCAAUUGCAAACGAUCCACUGUACUCAAACCCGCAAGUUUGGGGCCCUACAUUAGGAAAGGGUCAGAUCCGGGAUUUCUCGAGCAUUAUUUCUAAAUUAUCGCAAGUUGGAAAAACUGUAUGUGCCGAAAGCUGGUAUCAUCCAGAUUCCAAGGGGGAGCUUUUGACUGGAGAAAAGUGCGCACAAUGCGAAACAGAUUUUUACACAGACCCUGGUUCCAACGAUCUUGAUCUUUGGCUCCACGCAUACUGCUACGAAUCCACAGAAUUUAAAGACGACGGAUUGCGACUAUGGAGCUACAAAACACAGUUUCCUGAUUGGGCAGUGGAGCCUCAUCGUCAGUAUAUGGAAAUGGCUGUUCGUGAAGCUCAGAAGUGCGGGCCCACAGAUACAGCCUUCAGCGUGGGUGCUGUGCUGGUCAAUGGUAAUACAGUCCUGGCAGUCGGUCAUUCUCGCGAGCUACCUGGUAAUACACACGCAGAGCAGUGUGCGCUAGAAAAAUACUGUUCUCAAACCAAUCUUGAAUUCGUGACCCCGGGAACUGUUAUUUACACCACCAUGGAACCAUGCUCGUUAAGAUUGAGCGGCCAGAAACCCUGCGUUGACCGAAUCUUAGAACAAGCUGGAAAUAUACGCACUGUUUUCGUUGGUGUUAUGGAACCUGAUACAUUUGUCAAGAGAAACACAAGUAAAGCUAGACUGUCACAGCAAGAUAUUGAUUACGUUUUCAUUCCAGGGUAUGAAGAGGUCUGUACUGAAGCAGCUUUUAAAGGACACGAGAACCACUAA